CCAUUUAAUGCAUGUUUUGGGGAUGUAGGGGUUUAAACUUGAGUGCCCGGAGAAAACCCACGCAGGCACGGGGAGAACAUGAGAACUCAACCCAGCCCCGGGACCUCAGAAGUGUGAUGGUAACGCUUUCCAGCUGAGUCACCCUGCCACCCUUUUGAUAGACUUCUUUUUUUAAAAAGAACAAGUUUACGACUCGAAAAUUAAAUGUUACGACAACACUCCAUCCAGUAGGCGGCGACAGAGGCAGAAUGUUCACAGACUUGUGCUUCCUUCUCUGGGCGAAUGUUCGACGGAGCGUCGCUGAUACCAACAUAACCUUGAAAUUUGUAUGCAAAUCCUUUGUUUGUCCGGUUGUACAGUGACACAGAAAUAUUCGGCUGCAGUUAGAAUCCAAACGUUCUUGGACGAAAAGGUUUUGCUAUUGCAUCACAUGCUACAGUUGUCGCGUGAAGAUGCAUUCAGAAUGGCCUGAGCGUGGCCAAAAGCGGCACCAUGGUGACAGAGACCGAAGAUGGAGGGAUGAUUACAAUGAUAGAUGGGGAAAUACGGAUGACCACCAUAGAGAUGUACAGUGGGUUUCCUAUAAUCAGCAUGAUGAUUUUGGGCCUGGUAGAGCAGAAAGAAACAACAGAGGUACAGACUACAGUGACUCACCUCAAAAGUUGUACUCUAAAGACUCCCUGGACCGAGACAGAGAUGGGGAAAGGCGGAGCCCAGUGAGGAGACGCUUGUCUUCCCUGGACAGUAACGAUAAAAAGAGACAAAGGUUCACAGAUGACAGCUGCAAUGACUACUAUUAUAGAUAUGAGCUUCAUGGCAAGAAAUACUGGCAGUCACAAGACAGUUAUUCAAAGGAUUUUAGACAUGCCUUGCCUCAGGAAGUAGAUUUUAAUUGUAGGAGUAUGGAAGAUUCCAGAAGCCGACAAAAACAUGAAGAGUACCACAAGUCCAACGAGUCUAGCCACAGACAACUAUCUACAUAUAACAAAGAUGAUCAUGAAAGAAACCACAGUUUUUCACUUAAGAAACUUCCACAAGAUGACGCGACAAAGAGAUACGUCAAAUCCAGAGAAAGGAAGAAUAGCUCUCCUACAGAUUAUGUGGAUCAUUGCCAAAAUCGAGCAAAGAAUUAUUUGGAUGGAUCUCAGAGAUUGAUUCAGAUUCGAGUGCCAACCCCCACGGAAUAACCCCCUUGGUCGGCUUCCCAUGUCGCCUACAUCCAAGACUGCCCCUGUGAACACAACUUCAGGGUUAAAGAUGUUGCACUGAACUCUACGCAGAGACUGACGGGGAACCUCUGGAAGCUGAAGCAGAGCUGAACAGAAAAAGGAAUGUUCUUCAAGCGAUGAAGGAACGAAUUUUAGACAAGAAACCGCCCAUCUUUAUAAAAACUAUUGAAAUGAUCAAGAAUACACCAACUCCAGACUCUAAAGGUGCAACUCUAAGAGAGAGGGUGACAAGAAUUUUGCAGCAGCAUCCUCACAGCUUCCGGUCAAAGGGUGAAACUAACUGGUCACCUACUCAGAGGAACUACUCAACAAGUAAUAGCAAUGAACUGCCAGAAGAACAUCAUCCUUUGAAGCUUAGAGUCAAAGCUGUAAUGAGGCACAGAAUCUAUGACACCCGUGGUGGAUUUACAUCAAACAGUCAGGUUUCCGAUCAUGAAAUGGCCACACGACCUGUCACGCCAUCUCCUCCCUGUCAAAAGAUUAGUUCACAAAUCCUGGAAGACAGUGUUGCCAACAAAGGCUUUGAGCGCUUUCUUAGCUUGCUCAACAAGGGAGUUGACAUGGACCUGCUCAGUAGGAUCGUCAACGAUGACAGCGAAGAUCCUCAUUUAGGAAACCAGCCCUUUAACAGUCAGCCCUCUGGUGUGAGGGAAGAUUCAGAUCCGUCUACACUCAGUAAGACUUUUCAAUUCAACAGUGGACCACAGCUAUCAGAGAAUAGUGGAGAUAAUACAGAGCUUUCCACUCGUGAACAGUCCCCCAGGCAGACAAACUCGCUGUCGGAUGAUGGCAAGAAUGGCAAAGAUUCUUUAAGCUCUACUAGUAAAUCAAAGUCUCCCUCAAUAAUGGAGAAAACCCUAAAAGAAGAGAGAGAAAUGUCAAAGGUCAAUGAGCAGCAUGAGCAGCUCCAGAACAUUCUAAAUACUUUGGGCUUAAGGCUGGAAGUGGAUGACUUGAGUAAAAUAACAGACCGGACCCAUGAGAGGCUGUAUGGGAAAAAGAAUGAAAGAAUGCCAGUGGCUGCCAGUAAAAUUGAGCAGGAGACUUCAGAGACCACCCGUAGUUUCUGCAAAACUGACAGGACCUCUGCCUUGUCAUUUUCAUCUUCCAGAAGCUGUAGUCAGAGUCCUUCUUACAGACAGGACUCCCACAACAGGGAGUCUCUGAAUUGUCAGAAAGAGGAGUCAUUUUCUGUGCGCUGUGUCUCAAGAAAGACCAGAGAGGAAUUGUCAUCUUUACACGCAACCCAAGAUGACAUCCAAGCUCGGACCAUUGUUGGAAAAAACAAAGUUGCUGACACUGAUGAAAUCCAUUAUAUGCAUUCCCAUCGUAAUCCAACUCUGUCUGCUUGUCCAGAUUAUACUUCGCCUCAUUACUCUCAGUACGAUACAAACUACAGCAGUGGCACCAGCUGUUUUUGGACAAGCGCUGUGGGUCUAUGUACCACUCCACAUAAUCCCAAUAGUUCUUCGUACUCCAUGGACACGAACCAUUCUCACCAUGCUAUUCUCCCAGUAAAACAAGACGGUGAUGUUUUUUUUGUGAAUCCAGACCUAUCUAGGAGUGAAGGUCAAUUUGGCUCAACCUCCGGCUCUAGCAACCUGCAGGUGGUCAAUAUGAAGCAUCCACUUGGCCAUUGUUUGCCACAAAUGACUUUUGAUAUGUCUCUGAAUAAAGAGCAACCCGACCAAGAGAAAACUAAACAACUAAAACUGCUAAAGAAACGUGAUCAAGAUGAGCAGAUAUUGGGUUCUCAUUGGGACAAAAUUCCCUUUGUAGAAAAACAGACUACACAGUCUGUGAAGGUUGAGCCUUCCCAUGGUCAAAGAUAUUUCAAAGAAAAAACUAAUGCCAACAGAGGAGGAACUUCAGACAAACUUGAGAAAAAAGGUUUUUUUUUUCCUUCUUACCUCUCUGACCUCCAUCCCCAUCACUACUGCUCGGUGCCUCAGCUGGAAGAUUUUAACAAGAUGUCAAAGACACACACAUUCAGCCAAAUCCGUGUUCUGACACUCAGGUGUGGCCAAUACGUCGAUCGUGUGGGUAGAUUGACAUUCUGUUUGACAAAUCCUGGCUUCUUCUGACAAGGUUACGGCACAUCUCCACAUAAAGGCAGGUUCUAGCUUGCUUCCUCUGCUGCAGUCGCUGUGAUGCCCCCCCCCCCCCCCACACACACACAAAAGAAAUAUCCCAUUGCCCCACUCUGCAGUAGGACUGCUUUGCUCAUUUUCCCACAUUUUUCUGUCCUACCAUCGUGUUUUGGUUAGUUAUUGCAUGUCCUCACUGGGUGUCUCACCUGCCUCCCAAUCUACAAAUGACAGUUCUAAUGUUAGUGUUCAAAUAUCCAGACUCACUGAUGUUCUGCAGUAGUUCUCACCCUCGAGCCCCUGUCCACUCUGUCUUUCCACUAAAACCAUUUUCUGCCAGGCUGCAUUUUCAAUUUUAGGAAUAUAAAAAUAAGCAGCGGAAGUAUUUCAAACUCCCCUGUUACACAGCAAAACUGUUCCAGCACAAAGGCUUUCACGGAUCCACCAUUCUGCUCGGCCCUGCAGCUGAACAGGACAAGUUUUAAAAUAAAACAUGGAUGGAUGGAUGGAUGGAUGGAUGGAAUCUGCACCUCAAAACUUGUGAACAUGGUCCUCCGUUGGAAAAGGCUGGCCCUCUCCAGUUUGGCGAGGAGAUCCUGCCCUAAGUGAAGGACUUCAAUUAUCUUGGGGUCUUUGUUCACGAGUGAAGAAUGUAAUGAGAGCUCAACAGCUGGAUCGGUGCAGUCUCCGGUGAUGCGUACUUUGUAUCAGUUCCUUGUAGUUAAGAAGGAGCCAAGUCGAAAGGUGAAAGAAGCUCUCUAUUUACUGGUUGAUCUAUGCUCCUACUUUCACUUAUUGUCACAAUCUUUGCGUCAUGACUGUGAGAACAAGAUCCCGGAUUCAAGCGGCCCUCCCUAAGAGACAGGGUGAGAAGCUCGGUCAUCUGUGAGGAGCUCAGAGUAGAGCCACUCCUUCUCUGCAUUGAGAGGAGCCAGGUGAGGUGGCUGGGGUAGCUGAUACAGAUUCCUCUCGGACACCUCCGGGCACAUCUCACCGUAAAGAGACCCUGGGGACGACCCAGGACACACUGAAGAAACUACAUCUCUCGGCUGGCAUGGGAAGCCCUUGGGUUUCCCCUGGAAGAGCUGGAUGAAAUGGCUGGGGAGAGGGAGGUCUGGGGGUCCCUGCUAAAGCUCCUACCCCUGCGACCCCACCUCAGAUAAGUGGUAGAAGAUUGAUAGAUGGGUGGGUUCCAUUUGGUGGUUUAGUGAUGGAAAUUCACCCCAGACAUUUUUUUUGGGUUGCUUUCACAUCUCAAUAGUUAGAUUAAUUCAGUGUUCCUAGGGAUUAGAGCACAGUAUAUUUAAAAAAAAAAUGACUAUAUAAUUGAAGUCCAUGCCACAAAAUGGAGA